AAGACGGAUCACCAGGAAAGAGAAAUGGGAACGAGGCAGAAGUGCCUGUACUUGUCGUAGCGCAACUACCUUCCCAGGAGAAGUGCUGAGACGGUACACGGUCCGAAGAAGACCGUGACGAAGGAAAAGCUGUCUGAAAAGUUUAUGGAAUUAUAUCCUGUGGUCAAGUCAAUAGAUUCUUUAUCACCGAAGGAUUAUCCCCGACAGGAGAUAAGUCCCUUGCCCGAAGAAAACGGAGUGUUCCAGGAAGUUCAGUUAGGAGCGCGUACUGGACAAGCGGCGGUCGGCGAGCCAUGCCUCUGAGCUCCUCGUCCAGCCAGCGGCGGUGAGAUCCAGUGCGUCGGGCUGUCAUGGCGGACCUGCCCAUCGCCCCGGGCCAGGUGUACAUCGAGGUGGACUACGACUACGAGUACAAGGCCAAGGAGCGUCUCAUUACCAUCCACCAGGGGGAGCACUUCCUGCUGGUGAAGAAGAGCAACGAAGACUGGUGGCAGGUGAGGAGGGACGAGGGGGCCAAGCCUUUCUAUGUCCCCGCCCAGUAUGUCAGGGAGGUCCGCAAGGCCCUCAUGCCCCCUCCCAAGCACCUGCUGCACCCCGGGGUGGGGGCGGGGCCGGUGACAGCGUCCCGGGGAAUGCAGGAAGUACGCCGCUCCAACGAGAACCUCAACCGGAGCGGAGGAAGCGAGUCGUCUGUCCUCGGGCUCCGCUCGCACUCGCCCUCCUCCCUGUCGCCCUCCACCUCGUCCGGGCACCCCACGCCACCCUCCCUGCGCCGCAACGCCAACCACAGCCCGGGCAGCGACAAUGACCACGCCCUUCCAGAGGCCCCGCCCUUCCCAGGAAGCCACUCCGGGUGCACCCCUCCCCACCCAGCCAAGCGGAGCACGCUGCCUCGCUUCCGCGCCAGCUCUCCGGACCUCCAGAGGGCUCCGUUGGACGUGGACAGCACUCAACACUGUGACUCGGCCGGCGAGGGAUCGGAGAGACGCACCAACGACUCAGAGUCUGGAGAAGAGCUGAGCAGCAGCUCCACCGAACACCUGCAGACGGUGUCUCUGUCAGGUCAGGGCAGGCCGGACUCCCCGGUCUACACCAACCUGCAGGAGCUGAAGAUCUCCCAGUCCAGCCAUCCCCCUGCUCCCUCCAGCUCCCCGCUCCACGUGCUGGGGGACUGGGAGACGCACAAGGAUGUGUCCGGGCGCCACUUCUACUACAACCGCAGCUCCCAGGAGCGCACCUGGAAGCCUCCCAGGGCCAAGGAGGCAGGCACGGGGAGCAGCCUAAGGGCCACCCGCCACAGCUCUGGAGACGCCGAGAACACGUCGCCUCUAUCUCUCUCCCCCUCCUUCCUGCCCCUCCUCUCGCUCACCAUUGGUCGCUUCCAGCCUCUGUCGUUGGAGGACACGUGCCCCAGCUUGUACUCUAGCCAAUCAGACAGCCAGUAUGGCUCCCUGCCCCGUGGUUGGUCAGAAGAGCUGGACAAGUACGGGCACACGCUGUAUGUCAGCGACUAUACUAAUGAGAAGUGGAUAAAGCACGUGGAUGAGCAGGGUCGUCCCUACUACUACAGUGCAGAUGGAUCCAGGUCUGAGUGGGAGCUACCUAAGUAUAAGCACUCCCCCCCCCAGCCAGGGGGUGAGGGUCCGAAGAGUCGCAGUCUGGACAGGAAGCAGGGGGAUCCCAUCGUGCUGACCAAGUGGAGACACAGCACGCACAACCUGGACAACAGCGACAAGCGACACAUCAAAAGCAGGCGUGUGCGUGCUGGCUCCGCCCGCCCCCACCCCUACAAGCAUCAAGACGCUCCUCUGGGCCCGAAGCCUGGCUCUCCUGACUCUGACUCCUCCUGUCCCUCGUCCCCCAAGCCCCCGGGCUCCCCAUCAGAGAAGUGUGGGGUUCUGAACGUCACCAAGAUCACAGAGCACGGCAAGAAAGUCCGUAAGAACUGGACAUCUUCCUGGACUGUUCUACAAGGAUCCACGCUGCUAUUCACCAAAAACCAGGGAGGAGGGACCAGCUGGUUCGGGGGUGGUCAGUCCAAGCCAGAGUUUACAGUGGAGCUGAGGGGAGGGGUGGUGGAGUGGGCCUCUAAGGACAAGUCCAGCAAGAAGCACGUUCUGGAGGUGAAGACCCGUCAGGGCACAGAGCUGCUGCUCCAGUCUGAGAACGACAUCAUCGUCAGUGACUGGUACCGAGCCCUGCUGGACACCAUCAGCACCCAUGCCUGGGAGUCAGACGAGGCCAUAGAUGAGGACAUGCCCGAGUCUCCCGGCUCUGAGAAACAGGAUCGAGAGAAGGACCACCGGGACUCCAAAAAGAACCGAGCCAUGAAGACCUCCACCAGCUUGGACACCUCCGACAACAAGAAGACCAAACACAAGCUGAAGAAGUUCCUGACUCGUAGACCCACCCUGCAAUCUGUCAGGGACAAGGGCUACAUCAAAGACCAGGUGUUUGGAUGCAGCCUAAGCUGUCUGUGCCAGAGGGAGAAUGCUUCUGUGCCCGGUUUCGUCAAGAUGUGUAUCGACCACGUGGAGAAUAGCAGUCUGAGUGUGGACGGUCUGUACAGGGUCAGUGGGAACCUGGCGGUCAUACAGAAACUCCGCUUCGCUGUCAACCACGAUGAGAAGGUGACGCUGGAGGACAGUAAGUGGGAGGACAUCCACGUGAUCACAGGAGCUUUGAAGAUGUUCUUCAGAGAGCUGCCUGAACCCCUCUUCAGCUACGGCCUCUUCCACGACUUUGUCAACGCCAUCAAGAUGUUUGACUACAAGCAGCGCGUCCAGACCAUCAAGGAUCUGGUCAGGCAGCUGCCCAGGCCCAACCAGGACACCAUGCAGGUCCUCUUCAAACACCUCCGCAAGGUGGUCGACCACGGUGAGGUGAACCGCAUGACCACCCAGAGCGUGGCCAUCGUGUUCGGGCCCACACUCCUGCGGCCCGAGAUCGAGACCUGGAACAUGGCGGUCCACAUGGUGUACCAGAACCAGAUCGUGGAGCUCAUUCUGCUGGAGUACGAGGGCAUCUUCGGCAGGUAGAGAGCCCCAGGCGGAGCCCUCGACCUGGGGUUGAAGACUGGACCUCGGGCCCUCCUCUCAGAACCUUAGCCAGCACCAAGGAUAGGUGCUCCAGGACCAGAACCAGGACCGCUCCUCUCAAGGCCCAGGAUGACCUGCUCCACACCUGCCCUGCAGCCAGCCCCUCCUGCUGCCUCCCCUCUGGACCAGACCUGGCGUUUUGUGAUCGGUAUAGACAGACCUGUCCUCACCGAGCAGGUCUGGAGACGCCUGGCUCUUCACAUCACACUGGUGACCCUCCCUCCUUCCAUCCUUCCCUCCCUCCUUUCCUCCUUCCCUCCCUCACCCCCCCCCCCUCCCCUGCAUCCUCACCUGGCUCUCUCAAACCUGGCUACUCUCCUGUCUCUCUACACUGGAUGUCCAAGGCAGGUCCCUUGGGCGGGCCUCUUCAGGCUGCUCCCUCUGGCCUGGCCAAGCGAGGGAGGGAGGCUAAUGCUAACAAGCUGGAGGCCUGGCCUGGCCAAGCGAGGGAGGGAGGCUAAUGCUAACAAGCUGGAGGCCUGGCCUGGCCAAGCGAGGGAGGGAGGCUAAUGCUAACAAGCUGGAGGCCUGGCCUGGCUCUUAGAACUGGGGUUGUGACAGUGCAAACAGGCCUGGCUGGCUCUUCUUAAAGGGGCGUCAGCGAUGGGGGCAGAAGUCUAUGCUGGCUGUAUCAAGUCCUCUAUUCUGUAUAUUUGCUUGUAUUUAAGGACGGCUUCUGCUUGUUCUGUCUGUCUCUGUCUGCUGGAAAGAAGCUGUGUUUUCCAUGGGUGACCAACCUGAUGACCUUCUGUGCUUUGUUUCCUCAGAGCAACUUUCAUUCAUCCUUCUCUCACUCUUAAACUCUCUGCUUUCUCUCUCUUUAACUCUUUAACUAACUCUUAAUCUCUUACUCUCUAUAAACUCAAUCUCUCUGUCUCUCUCUCUCUCUCUGUUCCUCUCUCUCUCUAACACUCCCCCUUCCUCUCCAAUUCAGAUUCCAGCUUGACACCUUUUUAGAGGCAGUAAAUCAUCUCUCGAUUUCAGUCGAAUAUCAACUUGAGAAACUGGCUGUGUACUGUAUAUCCUUGGCUGUGUGGGGGAAUUGUAAAUAUUAAAAUGUGUCAAUAUAAGCAAGUUUUUGUGAGAGAAAGAAAAAAAACUAAAACCCUUUUUAUGGAUAAAUAUGGAGUUUAUGCCUGGGCUUGUCAGACUGGAGGUGAGUCAUGUGGUUGUCUGAGGGUUUGUGUUUGGUCCUGUCUGCCUUCAUGAGUGUUCGAAA